CUUCGGGGAGCUGCGGCGUGGAGGGGGUCAGUGUCCGCUCGCAGCGCGGCGGAGGGCGGGCCCGGCCAGGAGCGGGCAGCUGCGCCUCGGGUGGCAUUGUGUGUCCCAGCGUGCUGGAGUAGUCCCAGAAGAGAGGCGAGGCUGAGCCCGGAGCGCUGGGUUGCUUCAGCCGGGAAGACUCCCUUCCCCCCUGCUUCUGGCUGCUGAGCACCAAGCAGCGCUCAGAAUGGAAGCCAUCGCCAAAUAUGACUUCAAAGCUACUGCAGACGAUGAGCUGAGCUUCAAAAGGGGCGACAUCCUUAAGGUUUUGAAUGAAGAAUGUGAUCAGAACUGGUACAAGGCAGAGCUCAAUGGGAAAGACGGCUUCAUUCCCAAGAACUACAUAGAAAUGAAACCACAUCCGUGGUUUUUUGGCAAAAUCCCCAGAGCCAAGGCAGAAGAGAUGCUUAGCAAACAGCGGCACGAUGGGGCCUUUCUAAUUCGAGAGAGCGAGAGUGCUCCUGGCGAUUUUUCCCUCUCCGUCAAGUUCGGUAAUGACGUGCAGCACUUCAAGGUGCUCCGCGAUGGAGCUGGAAAGUAUUUCCUCUGGGUGGUGAAGUUCAAUUCUUUGAAUGAGCUGGUAGAUUACCAUAGAUCGACAUCCGUGUCCAGGAACCAGCAGAUAUUCCUGCGAGACAUAGAACAAGUGCCACAGCAGCCCACGUACGUGCAGGCCCUCUUUGAUUUUGACCCCCAGGAGGAUGGUGAGCUGGGCUUCCGCCGGGGAGACUUCAUCCACGUCAUGGAUAACUCUGACCCCAAUUGGUGGAAGGGGGCUUGCCACGGGCAGACCGGCAUGUUUCCUCGCAAUUACGUCACUCCGGUGAACCGGAACGUCUAACAAGCCAGACAGAUUAUUUAAAGAAAGUGGAAAGUUGAAAAAUACAAAUGAAAUCUCCCCACAAGCUGCCUCCUGCGGGGAGUGGAGAACACCUGGCUGGGUCACACUGGUGACCAUCUCACUUUGGUUGCAACUUUGGGGGGGUGGGGGUGGGAAGGGGCGUUGGAUAUCAAAAUGCCAAAACUUACCUAUGAAUUAAGAAGAGUUUUUAUUACAGAUUCUCACCGCUGCUCCUGUUUGCCUCCUGUGUCCUUUUUCUCAUCCUUUUUCUCCUGUCCUCAGUGCAUGACGUUUAAGGCCGCAUAUAGCCCCAGCUGAUGCCAAUAAUAAAAGAAAAGAAACCAAGCGGGCUGGUAUUUUCUCUAUGCAAAAUGUCUGUUUUGGUGGAAAUGACAGAAAGGACAGCCUGUGUUCUUCAUAUAUACACACAAAAAGGAGUGGGCAGGGCAGCCUGGGGCCUUUGUUGGAACCCCCCUCCUCCAGAAGAGGACCUCUGCCUGUCCCCCUAACCCUUCUUCACAGUGGGAAUUAGAGGGGGAGGGGAAGGAGGCCCCUGCCCCCAAAGCCCUGUGACCUCCCAAGAGUCUGGCCAGUUGGGCCGCAAGCCUGCCCGCUUUCCACUGUUAACUCCAGAUGCCGUUGGCGAUGUUGUUUUGCAUAGUGCCUUUUUUCUUAUUUCAAAGGUUGCUUAUGAGUGGUGUUUUUUUAAUUUGUUUUGUUGUAAAAUAAGUUAAAGACAGUCCAGAGCUUUUCGCCCAGUUUGUCUCCUGCUCUGUAAAUAAUUCCCCCUGGAGGAGGGGGAAGCAGGGUAGAGAAGGAGACAGGUGGGAGUGGCAGAGGGCGUGAGCGAUCUGCCUGGGCCCAGCCAGCGAUGCAGGCUCAGCUUUAAUAUUUGGGAGCCCCUCCAAGGGGAAGGGGUGCUAGCCAGCUGCAGAGGGGGUGGUCGCAGCUCUAACUCACUGGGUGCAUCUGGCCAGAUUUCAAGGGCAGCGGAGUCUUGGUUUCCAGAUCUCAGGUGUGUCCUGUCCCUCUGCUCCCAGAGAUAUCCCUCCUCACCGCCACCUCCCCAGCCCCCCAGGCACAAGUCCAUGGAGCCACUGCAAGUCUGAGGGGAAAAGAAGCACCCAAAUUGUCCUUACCUGACUGUCACAGGUCCUACUGUAGUUCUACACUGGGUGGAAACAGGAUUUGCUUUUUUUCCAUACGCUUAAAUCAGGUCCUGCCUUUCACCUAUGGCUCCCCUAACUCAUCAGGUAAGCAGUAAGGCCGCAGCGAGAAGUGGCAGGAUGGUCUCCCCACCCAGUGGGCCGCAUCUGCAGCUGCUCCCCCUAGUCCAUGGUGAGAGGUAGGGACAGUGGGAAGUGAGGUGGGAAGGACAGGAAAGCCAAGGCCACCCCAAAGCUCUGCCUUUCUGCCAACUUUUGGUCCCUUGUAGUAAUGUGCCUGUCCCCUCCCCACCCAGUCCUCCUCCUCAUAACCAGAGCAAAGCUCCCUUCAGCCUCUCCCCAGGAAUGGACCUUUGUGUUCUUGAGGAUCUGUAGAGGUAGAUUCUCAGCGCCCCAAGACCAGGAGGAGAGGAGCAUUCUCACCUCUCCUGGCUCCUCCCGCUUCUCCUUACCCUGCUGAUGAUCAACAAAAGGAAUCCCUGGCAUUCACACCUGGACCAUUUGAUUGUUUUAUUUUGGAAUUGGUGUAUAUCAUGAAGCCUUGCUGAACUAAGUUUUGUGUGUAUAUAUUUAAAAAAAAUCAGUGUUUAAAUAAAAAGACCUAUGUACUUAAUCCUUUAACUGCGGAUAGCAUUUGGUAGGUAGUGAUUAACUGUGAAUAAUAAACAUACAAUGAAUUCUUGUGAAUAAACAUACAAUGAAUUCUU